ACAUGUAAUACAGCAAUGCAAUUGACUUUGUAUACCUUGUGGCACAGGGAUGAAUACUUCGAAACGGUAUCCCGUUUUAUACGUUGUCAUUCUACUCGAAUAUUAGAGCUUUGCUUAUGAAGUUAGAUAUGUUGUUCACUUAAGCGGAACUGUGCUUCCUGAAAUUAUGUAAUAAAUUAUAAAAAAUAGUACAAGUAAACUUUUAUUAUAAUAAUCAUUAGUAUUAGAAAUAUAAGUAGUUAUUUUAACAUUUUUAUUAUUUGCCCUAUAUUACUAGUACAGUUAUACGAUGCACAUUUAAAUAACCUGAAAUAAAAGUGGUAUACUAACCAUCGUGAGAAUGAACAUUUUUUUCGGAGUUAAUAUAUAAAUGUGUUAAUUUUAUUAUAGUCGUACUGUAAAGUAUUGUGAAAAGUUUGUUGAAUAAAUAAAUAGUGAGUAGUAGUUACAAACGAAUUGAAGUUAUCGAGCAAAAAAUGAAGUAGUGGGGAUGUUUGCAAAUUGUUUCUGAAGAAAGUACCCUAACUAGUUACAGACCUGGUACCGGCAGCGGAGUGUUUCACGACGUGUAGACGAAAUCCUCAGCUGUUUCCCGCCAAAGAACGCCAUUAUAAAACUUCUGCAGGCUUUAUAAUAUAUAUCGCCAAGUAACUGUUUUGUGACUCGACUUAAUUCGAUUAUAGUGUAUGUUACAGUGUGUAUUGUAGGCGCAAAAUAACCAUAAAAUACUUAAAAAAUUAUAAGAUAAGUGUUAAAACAAAGAUUUUAGUGCUUAAAUACUUAAUUAUGUGUAAAUGUAACAUCUUUGAAGAAAAAGUAGCACGAAGGUAUACACACUGAUCACAUACCAAUAUAUAUACAUAUAUAUAUAUACAUAUAUAUUUUAUGUAGAUGUAUAUGAAUUCAUAUGUAUUUAUUCGUGUAUACAUGUAUACAUAACACUAAUUCUAUAAACUUCAUAAAAAUCUAGAUGGGAAUUUUCAUUCAUCAGUUUCAAUGGAUUACGUUUUGUGUGUAAGGAUAGUGGAAAGUUUAGGCAAAAAAAAUUGGAGUGAAAAUAAAUAUAACAGGGUAGAUUACAUGUGAAAUACUUGCAAAUAUUGAUAAGAUAUGUCAGUGUUUAAUAAUAGUGAUGGAAGAGUUUUUAUAGAAGAAAUUGUUCAAACGACUGAAAUACCAGAAGAAAAAGGUUGUAGUAUCAACGAUAUCAACGAGAAUUAUCCUGCUACAGUUGCAAUUGUUGAAGUGCAUAAUUCAGAACACGAGGAAGAUAAAAAAAAUUUCAAAUUGGGAAUAAAAUUUGAAAAGAACGACGUCGACGAAGAUUUAAAUAAUACUGUAUAUUGUAGUCAUAUUGAAAAUUCAAGCCUUUCAUACAAUAUUAUCAAUAACAAUAACAGGGUAGUAUUAUCACGAAAUCACAUGGAGCAAGAGAAGCGGAUGAGGCGAGAGAUCGCCAAUAGCAAUGAACGACGACGUAUGCAGAGUAUCAAUGCAGGAUUUCAGUCAUUAAGAACUUUACUUCCCCAUCAUGAAGGAGAAAAGCUAUCUAAGGCAGCCAUUCUUCAACAGACCGCUGAAUAUAUUUAUCAACUAGAGCAAGAAAAAACCCAUUUACUUUCUCAAAAUUGUCAACUUAAAAGAUUAUUAAAUCAACAUGAAGGUGGAGACAUGCCAAUAAAAAAACGAAAAGCUGAACAUCAAGGUGUAGUCGUAAGUUUACCAAUAAAUGUAAACGAGAGCAGUGAUGAAGGAGUUGGCAGCAUAUCUCCAGAUCCGAUUUCUGUUAUUACUGUUUCUGCAGAUAGUCAUUCUACAAUAAAUACUUCAAAUAACGUUGGCAUCAAUAAUGAAGUUAUUGAGUUGAAAUUACAGUUGGAAAGAGAGCAUCAUCAAAGAUUGCAAAUUGAAAAACAAUUGAGAGCAAUACAAAUGCAACUCUACCCAGAUAGAUAUCAAGAAAAACCAAUAAUAGCGUAUCAACAUGAGAUAUUACAACAUGCUGACAAUAUAAUAGCACCUGAGACAGAGGAUGUUGUAACUGGACUUCAAGUUGUAUCGGUUAUGUCAAUUCCGGCUAUAGGUUCUACGCAAACAGUAGAAACUACUGACCAAGAACCAUCUUCUCCUCCUCUAUCACCACAACCAAUUGAAUUGGUAGCUGAUGAAAUAAUCAAAGAAGAAGACUCGUGCCCUGAUUCUCGUAAAAUAGUAGCUUUCUCAACUUCUAAUCAAGUAUUUACUACAAUUGAAGACCAUGGAAAUACUGAAUGUUUUUCACCGAUACAAGUACCUUAUAAAAACGAAUUUACUAAUUCAGCCACAUCGUUUACUGCAAAAAGUCCUACAAGAUCCUUUUCACCACCUACAGAACCACAACGGUUACCUAGUGUUCUUGAAGCUGCUAUGAAAGCAGAACCGAAAGUUGAGGUCGAAAGACUGCCUUCUCCUGCUAGCUCUCUUGAAGAGGGUACGUCUCAAGCAAGACUUUAUCUAGCGAAUACAUCUCGACAAAAUCUAGAAACUAUUGUGGAAGCAAUUCGACAUCUCGAAGGUGAUCAUCUCUUCAGCGACGAACCAACGCAAGAUGUGCCAUUAGCACUGACUAAUAAACCUACGGCUAGUUCACAAACUAGUACACUAAACAAACAACGUCUUCUACAUACAGAAGUUAAUAAUAUUUUGCAUUUUCAAACUCAACAACAAACUCAGCAACGACCUGGUGUUAUUGUUGUUAAACAUUCGUGAUCAUCUUUUUUUUUUGUUGACCAAGAAUUAGGAAUAAACAAAUGA